ACGAGGUGGUCACACUUAUCAGAAAAUAGACAAAUGAAACCUCACUUCGCCAGCUCAGCAAAACAAUAGCAUUAAAGAGUUGUACUAUGUGGUACCACCCCAUUUUUCUGGCCUUAUUGCCACUGAAAGCCUGAGCACUAACCCUUUAUUUGAUGUAAACAUAUAUAGCAAAGAUAAAUGCAAAAGAAUCUGCCGAAAAGAUUCUACUCCUUAAAUAAAGAUCCAAUUUUUAUUUUUUUUAAAGGGAGUAAAUUUAUUGCAUCCUUAAAAAAGAACUGCUGCGCAGUUGGUUCUUUUGCUUUAUUUUGUAUCUGCAUAUGAAAAGAUUGAAUCUUUGCUUGUUCAGAAGGUGAUUUGAAGAUGGGUAUACUGAUCGACGAUGCGGUGAUAAUUAGGCAGUCGGAGAACGACGAGGAGGCGAGUGUAGUUACUGUGAAUUGUCCGGACAAGACUGGUUUGGGCUCUGAUCUUUGCCGCAUAAUCCUAUGUUUUGGGCUCACUGUUGUCAGAACUGAUGUAUCCACCGACGGAAAAUGGUGCUACAUAGUAUUUUGGGUACUGGGUAAACCGAACACACGAUGGUCUUUGCUGAAACAUAGGUUGAUGGGGGCUUGUCCAUGUUCUACCUUAGCUUCCGGAAUUUCUUAUUACAGAGCCGAAUUGCAAAACCCUAAGCCCUCCGAUAUCUUCCUCUUGAAGUUCUGUUGCCCCGAUCGAGGAGGCCUUUUGCACGAUGUGACGGAGGUUCUUUGCGAGCUCGAGCUAACGAUAAAGAGAGUCAAAGUAUCGACAACUCCAGACGGGAAAGUCAUGGAUCUCUUCUUCAUAACCGACACAAGGGAACUUCUGCACACAAAGGAGAGAAAAGAGGAAACAUACGACAAUUUAAGAGCUGUGCUCGGUGAUGAUGUCAUCAGCUGUGACAUAGAGCUCGUGGGCCCCGAAAUCACUGCAUGUUCUCAAGGAGCUUCGUUUCUUUCCGAUGCAAUAGCCGAAGAAAUGUUCAAUGCAGAGAAGCCCGACGAAAACCAAAAUGACGAAAUCGCCCUUAAAUGCCCGUCCAUCACAAUGGACAACUCGUUGAGCCCUUCUCACACCCUUCUCCAAAUUGCUUGCCAGAAUCACAAAGGUCUGUUGUACGACGUCAUGCGAACUCUGAAGGAUUACAACAUUCAGAUUUCGUAUGGGCGAUUUACGACCAAAGGGCAAACAGAGUGUGAGAUGGACUUAUUUAUAAUGCAAGCAGACGGUAAGAAAAUAGUGGACCCCACCAAACAGAGUGCACUCACCUCUCGUCUUCAAAUUGAACUGAGUCGACCUGUCAGAGUAUCUUUGAUCAGCCGAGGCCCAGAUACUGAAUUACUAGUUGCAAACCCGAUCGAGUUAUCUGGCAAUGGCCGCCCUUUGGUUUUUUACGAUAUUACCCUCGCUCUCAAAUUGCUCAGUACACCAAUCUUUUCGGCUGAAAUCGGGCGGUACAUGAUUGGAAAUCGCGAGUGGGAAGUUUACAGAGUGUUGCUCGAUGAAUGGGAAGGUAAUGGUAGCUCUGUUUCGAAGAGAAAGAUCGAGGGGACUGUUUGGAAGAUGCUGAUGAAUCGGAAGUAGUAGUUUUGUUCGAAUAAUCGAUGCUAAAUGUAUAUAUUUUGAUAUGCGUGUAUGUACAUGAUAGUAACUUAGUUUUCGUUGCAUUUUUUUCAGCCUUGUAUUAGAAUGACAGUGUAAGGAGGUUGUAAAAAAGUGUUAGUCUUGAAAUUGCAGUGAAGCAAAAAUACAGAGCCAUUGGCAAGAAAAAUCGAGUAUGUAUAUAAAAAUGGAAUCUUUUUUUGAGUU